AUGUCCGCUCGCACAUCCUCUACACAGGGCGCACUCCCAAAACCUAUCCUCAAGAAGGCGAGGGUGGGCACCGAGCUGCCAAAUUCCACCAAGAAAAAGCUCGCCGUACGCGAGAAGGCACGCCCGGACUCCGAUACUCCCAAGACCGCGCCUAGCAAGGGGAAGGGCAAGCAGCGGGAGGCGGCAGCCGAGCUCAAGCCCAAACUCAAGAAGAAGAAGGCGACAUCCGCGGUGACCGACCCUAGCUCGUCAACCUCUCCACUGCCAGCUUCCUUCAAAAUCGUCUGCGGUUCCUACGAAAAGCUUCUCUACGGACUGGAGGGCACCGUUUCCUGCGAGGAAUCCGCCUACAGCUUCCAAAUCGCCCCCAUAUUCAUCUUCCCUGCUCAUGUAUCUUGUAUCAAGUCUGUGGCGGCCUCUCCGCAAGGAGGGAAGUGGUUGGCAACUGGGAGUGCAGAUGAGAUCAUCAAGGUGUGGGAUCUGCGCAGACGGAAAGAGAUUGGCGGUCUUAUGCACCACGAAGGAUCCAUAACGCACCUCGAGUUCCCUUCGCGAUCACACCUACUCUCGGCUUCGGAAGACGGCACAUUAUCCCUCUUCCGUGCGCGCGAUUGGGCAGUGCUACGCUCGUUGAAAGGUCAUAAGGGCCGCGUCAAUUCUGUGGCCGUUCAUCAGUCCUGCAAAGUCGCCUUGAGCGUAGGCAAGGACAGGACGCUGCGCAUGUGGGAUCUGAUGCGAGGGAAGGGAUCCGCGAGCACGAAGCUUGGCAAAGAGGCCGAGCUCGUUCGGUGGUCGACGGAUGGCUCGCUCUUCGCCGUACAGGCGCAAAAUACGAUCGAUAUAUACUCUACAGACAUGGAGCUGCUCCACACCCUCACCCACCCCUCCCGUCUCCACGACAUCAAGUUCUGCAAGCGCGUCGAUGGCGACGGCGAGCUUCUUCUCGCUGGUGGAGAGGACAAGAAGCUGUCUAUAUACGACGUUCCCAAAGACCACGAAAAGGUCCCAACUAUCAUCGCGGAUAUGGUUGGUCAUGCGAACCGCGUAAAGGCUGUAGACAUUAUCCGCGUCGCGCUACCCGAGGGCGCCAGCCGCUCGUCGACCACCGUGGUCUGCACCAUCUCCUCAGACGGCAAAGUUCGUCUGUUCGAUCUUGCUGCCCUGCCCGUUUCGUCGGAGGAGCGGACACAGCUAGAGCCCGUCGCGGAGUACGACACGAAGGGUACUCGGCUUACAUGUGUCGCUCUCGCCGAGGGUGACGCGGCGGAGACGUCCACGCCCGUUGCGGGCAAACGGAAACGUGAGGACGAAGAGGAGGCUGAGCAGGAACCCGAGUGGGAACCUCAGCACGAAGAGGAAGGCGCGAGUCAAGACGAGGACGGCAGUGAUUCCGAUGAAGAGUAGACGGGUAUAAAUACAACAUGUGAUACA